AUGCAUGAACUUGGUGCCACGGCUCACCUUGGACAGCAAUACGACAGCCAAGUCGGCGUGCUUGCAUUUGGCGCUGUCACCGCUCGAUCCUUCCCUCCCAAACACUGGCUGGCCAUCCAUUCAAUUCUUCUUCAUCGCGCUUCUUUAAGCAGCACAAUUCUUUUUUCUUCCUCCCUUCUUGACAGCUCUUGCGGAAACACUCCCUCAGCCGAAGCAUCUCGAGUGAUUCCAAUUUACUGGGCCGACCAGAAUAGCUGCGCCCACCCGGUUUUGUUUGCUGUUGGCGCUCUCGCCUACACAAUGAAAAAAGCAGCAGCCAUGCCGGCGUCGUUGAAGGAGCGAUCAAGUCGGCUGCAGAUGUUUGCUCGCCCCAAGUCCGACAACGACGUCAGCACCAUCACGAACAUCGACGUGCCCACAACUGCCGCAGCGCAGCAGAACCGCGAACCAGGGCGCUACCAGAGCUCUGGUCCGGGUCUCGCGUCCGUUGCUGAGCGAAGGGAGCUGGCAGACAGCGCUCGAGUGCCUGUGCCGAAUGGAAAUGCUCGCCAACCUGCCAUACACCAGCGGAGAUUCAGCCAGCCACCGCCCGAAUCGGUGCAGCAGUCUCAUUCGCAGUCUCCAUCCAGCCGCCAUAUCGAUAUCUUUACCGGCUCCCAAUUGGGCGAUAGCUUUAUGAAUUCAGGCCUAACGACGCCAAUGUACGAAGCAUCAGAAGCCGAGCCGGAUACAAAGAGGAACACUAUUGCUGUUCCUGCCACUACGUCUGCUGCUCCCAUUAUCAGAGCUCCUCCUCGCUAUAAUUUCGACAAGAAGUUUCCUUCCAGCGGCGGUCUCGCCUUUCAGAUUGGAGAGGAUCUGCGAAUGAAGGUGGUGCCGGUCUCGGGCACCAAGCAUCACAACCCCUCCUACAUGAAUGACGGCUUCAAUAGAGGCGCCGCCAAUGGAUAUAGCAGACCUGCCCCGCCCUAUCGAACGAGCUAUACACGGCCAGAUUCGUCGCCGGAAAAACAACCCAAUCUGGCAAUGCGUGAAGUUAGGCUUCGGCAUGUGCCAAGAACGAAACAAAUCGACUAUGACGAUGGGCAAAAGAGGAGCGCAUCCCCUGCAUAUGACAGCAGAGGGCGUUUCACGAGGGAUAGAGAGGACACUCGCCCUGUAUCCAGAUUCCAAGGAUUGGCAGAGGUUGAGAUGGGAGGCAGAAGGAUAGACGUGAUUGAUGAAGAUGAGAAUGGAGACCAAGAUGAUGGCACAUCUACCAUAGGUGGCCGGGAGGAUGGUCGAGAAACCCCGCGGAUGAAGAGGCAUCUCUUAUCGCCACAGCGAGCUGUUCUUGAAAACGCCUUUACAACAACGAUGCCACCUUUUAGGCCGUCAGUGCCAAAGGAUAGGAAGCGGAGAAGAGAGAGCCUUGAUUAUGAUGACAUGGCUUUGAGCAACAUGAACUACGCUGAACUACAAAAUGAGGCAUUUGACUUUGACCCCUCCAAGGUAACGGCACAUGUUGGCACAGGCGGCGGUGCUGAUACUCUCAAUGCGAAACUAGAGCAGUACCAACACCAGACUGAGAAAGAACAACACUCGAUGUUUAAGAAUAUGAAUGCUGAUGACUGGGAGGAAGCUGGGGACUGGUUUGCUGACCGGUUCGGCGAGAUUAUGCACAAGCUGAGAGUGGCCAGACGGAAUAAGCGUCGAAUGAUUCAAGAAUUUGAACAAGAGGCAGCCUCUCGGGAAGAAGAUGUCCGGGUGCAGACGGAGACGAUUGACCAGAAACUGGCCAAAAUGAAGCAAGACGGCCUGCGCGUGGUCAACGCUAGGGAGGGGAGCCAGCAGGUCGGCAAGUGAAUUUUGGCUGUGGGUGAUUGAAUUUUCUUUAAUUUUCGGCAUUAUUUGUCACCGGCACUUUGAAGCAGGAGUUGGGCGCACUCGAAUCAAGUUUUGUUCUUAAUUUUACUCUUUUCUCUUUUUUUACCCAUCAUGGCCAGCGCUGGCCGUGGCCUGGAGUACAGCUCUGAGCCUAGAGGAAUGGUAGCGAGG